AUGAAUAAUGCGUUGCAAUUUUCGUUACGAUGGAAUAACUACGUUUCUCACGUAACUGAAGCAUUCAAUGAACUUCGGUUUUCUGACGACUUGGUGGAUGUUACAUUAUGUUGUGAUGGUGGCAAAAUUAGGGCUCACAAAAUGCUAUUGUCUGCAUGUAGUAGUUAUUUCAAAGAAAUUUUCAAGGAAAAUCCAUGUCAGCACCCUGUAAUCAUAUUUAGGAACUUCAAGUUUGAAGAUCUAAAUGCAAUUAUAAAUUUUAUGUAUCAUGGUGAGGUUAAUAUCUUUCAGGAACAAUUGGAAUCGUUUUUAGUUACAGCAGAACUUUUAGAGGUAAAAGGCUUGACAGACAAUGUAGAAGAAGACACAUCUAAAACCCAAAUAAGGUUCAUUGACAAUACUUCAUUAGACCUAAGUUCAAAGUCAAGUAGAAUAAAUAAAGAUGUAGUACCUGUUCCUGAUCAACCAAUAAAUUUAGCUACAAUUCAGACUAACAGGCAUGAACAAAUUCCAGAGGCUAAUGCACAAAAAAAUUCCCAUGACGUUCCUGAUUCAGAAUUUCAAGUUGAGAAUGUCAGAACUGAUGAUAGUACAAAUUUGAAGGCAGGAGAAACUUUAUUACCCAUUGAGGAGAUGCAGGUUGAUACGCAAUCUACAUCUGCUGAAGAUUUGUCGGAGAAAAAUACUGAUGCUGUUUUGGCUAAGUUUAGGUGUCAGUUAUGCCCAAAGGGAUUUAAACAUCCUACUUCUUUAACACUUCAUAAAGAUUCACAUGCGGGGAAGACACAAUGUCCAGUGUGCCAUAGGUCAUUUUCACGGUCGUAUGAUAUGAGAAGUCAUUUACAAAGGAUCCACCAAGGAAAACAAUUGACAAUCAAAGAGAUUAGAUACAAGGGCAAUACUGAUACAGUGUCCAAGCCAUUCACACCUAAUAUAUAG